AUUGGCCGAGUGCCAGAUUUUGGACCUGCAUGCUUUAUAAGGAGCUUAAGGUAUAAUCUCAGUAAAGUUGUUUGUCAGGGCUGAGGUUUUCGGUGCAGGUCUUUCACUCUUCCUACUGCAUGUUUCCUAUCAUGUACAGAGUGAAUAACAGACAAGUCUGUGUGUGCACCUGGGUGAGUUGUUACUCACUUCGACCACUAACAUCCGCUUCACGUGUCUCACUAUGCCCACAGAUGAAAAGGUCGAUCACCCAAAUCCAUCAAGGACCUGCUUUCACUAUUCAGGUCUAAUGUACACACUGGUCAAUGAGCGCUUUGUUGUCACAACUGUCUCCAACUGUCAGGGCAAGGCUUUCUAACCAAAACACUCCUUUAUGGCUGAACUGAAGAAACUUCCUCUAACUUGUGGUCAAACCUCUGGUAACUUGUCGACUGGUCAAAGACAGGUUUUCAAGAACAUGUGACUGAGCUGUGUAGCAGUGUGUUCUUUGCACCGCCAGCAAUAAAUGCUGCUUAUUCAGGUGAAGCAACAGGGCUGACAACUGACACACAUGCUGUAAUAUACAUUAGUAUAUAAAAUAUAUUUGCAUAAACUAAGGGGUGCACAACCACUGGGAAGGGGUCCAGGACUGGGCCGCAUUUUGUUUUCUAAAUGUACCUUAGUCUGCAUGAUAUUUUCUUUUGACUAAAGUUCACUUCUGUCCACUGCUCUUUUCAGGGUGUUUUUCACUUCGUGUUUUUUCAUGCACCAACAGCAGAAAACUCCAUCAAAAUGAAAGCUGCAUUUGAAAGACAAUACCAAGAGUCCUGAUGUGAAAGUGCGUGAUGUGAAAUCAUUAUUUUCAGUUUUAAGGAAAUGUACAGUAAACGGUAGAGCUUCUAGAAAAUGGACAUUCAUUUUUAUUAAGUUUUAUAUGACUGCAGAGAAAAGGAAGGGUGGAUGAGGAGCCACUUCCUGUGUUGCCGUAACUCUCUCUCAGAUCUGUACAUGUUGAAACACCUUUGCAGUUUUUUCUAAACGUGUUGAAAUGCUGUAAACUUGUUUGCUCCUCGCAGCCCAGUGAGACCUGAGUCAUUCAGCCUGAAUUAAACUUAAUGAAUUUCAGGAAAAUAAGAUCAGCCGAGGGAGAGAGGUCCUGAGCCAGAGUGGGACGAGGAGUGAAUGGAGGUAUUUUCGUAAAUCUGUGCAUACAAUGACUUGAUGUGAUCUAAGCAGACACAACAUCAUGGGAUGCCUAUUUACAGUACUUGUUACAGCAGUUCAUCUUCAGUCCACUAGGACAGGAUGAUGUGUGAGCCAGCGUCAGCUCAGAAGUCACUGCUUUCAAUAUGGUUUGUUUGUUUGUGUUUGACCCUGCUCUGUGUGCCUUCUGAGAUCCUUGUCCCCUACUUUGGAAAUGACUACAUGGAAGUUAACAAACAGUGAUGCAUAGAACAGAACCUAAUGGUAUUGAAGAUUUAUUUUAACUGCUGUGUUAUUAAGAUUUAAAGUAGAGGCUAACACAGGGCUCGGGUCUGUUUGUUAUUAUUUUCUUAUGUUGAAUAUUAGCAGUGGGUAGUUAUAUAUUACAGUAUGCCAAUACAUAGAUUACAAUGAUUUUUCAUGCAUCAUCGCCUCGGUGCCAGCAGAAGUCAGAUUGUCCACGAGUGGAGAUGAGUCACCAAGUGAAGAAAAGACCUCACAUGUUCCAGAGCAGAAAUAGACUAAAUACAGCACAUCGAGUGGGAGGAUCUCACAGACAGGGUGAGGUGCUCACAACUCCCCCACAUGAACCACACACUGUCUACAUUUACUGCACCAGCAGCCUAUUAAUAAGUGCUAACGGCGAUUCUGGACAGACUGCACAGACAGACUAGCUGAGACAGCACAGGGACGGUUCCUCAGUCUUCAGUCAACAAAGCAUGUAGUCUUUAACACAAGACAGAAAGGCCCGACUUGCAGAAUGGAACGGAAGGCACAAGGUCAGCUGCUGUAUCAACAAUAUACACUAGAGAGCAGAAAAGCGCUUGAUGGAGAGAUUCCUUUUCGACUCCGACAGUUUCAUUGAUAUAAUCAUUAUAUAUAGCAGAGUGGACCUGAGGUCUGGUGAUGUUUAGUGUUGAGACCUAGAUAAGAAGAUGAAAUAGUUUUUUCAAUUUCUACCUAAAAAACAAGGUGACAUUUACUACAUAUCUGUACACAAACAAAGGCAAACAAAAGUAAAUAUGAAGAGAAGCAACGUGUUUAUACACUCCUGUCCAGUAGGGGGCUGUGUUUUCUUGUGUCCUGCUUCUGCCCUCGUUGCAAGUCUAUCUGCCCCACCUGUGCCUAGUUAAGGUGUUAGCUGGCAGCUUGUGUUGUCAGUGGCUAGCUGCUGUCUGUGGGCUGUGUGUUGUGGUUGCUGUACACUUCCUGAGUCUGGGGAAACUGAGUGACAUCUCCCAGGUUGAUCAACUUCUUGGAAUGGAGCAAGUCAGUUACUGCGACAGAUGACGUAUUGCUUGUCCCCACAGACAAACCGACUUCUCCCACUUAAGCCUCGGGAAGCUCAGGCUGAAGCUGCCCUUGUGUUUUCACCUGUCAAUCAUCUAAGAAUAACGUUGACAUCACAGUGCCUCCGCGUGACCCACAUUACACUGUACUUACAUGGCAGCGUUUGAAGGCCAGAUUCUCUCGCCCUGAUGACUAAAUAUAUUGGAAGAGAUUUGCCAACAAAAGAAAGUGUGCCCACAGCCUGUCAGAGACCAGUCUGAUCCAAACAUGUAUCUCAAGGCAGCGUGCACCGAGUUGCCCGUGUCCAGGCAGAGAGGGGUGCCGAGGCUGGACCGCCGCCCCAGUACCAUCCAGCUGAGGCAGGGGGCAGGAAAUAAGGCAAACCCCUCCAGUCCCACCGGCUGCCCGCCGUCCAUCUUUGAAGACGGCAGACCGCGAGAGCAGCAGAGGUUGCAGGAGCUUCUGUACGCGCAGAGACACCUCUUCCAGGCGUCCACCCAGCCCACUGCUAGCAUGGUCUACAGGAACCUGGGUAAAUCUGGAUUGCGUGUGUCCUGUCUGGGUCUCGGCACCUGGGUGACAUUUGGAGGUCAGAUCUCCGACGAGGUGGCUGAGCAGCUGAUGACAAUUGCCUAUGAGAGUGGGGUCAACCUGUUCGACACCGCCGAAGUGUACUCUGGGGGGAAAGCUGAGAUAAUCCUUGGAAACAUCAUCAAGAAGAAAUGCUGGAGGAGAUCCAGUUUGGUUAUCACCACAAAGCUCUACUGGGGAGGAAAGGCAGAGACAGAAAGAGGCCUGAACAGAAAACACAUUAUUGAAGGUUUGAAGGGCUCCCUCCAGAGGAUGCAGCUCGAGUAUGUGGAUGUUGUUUUUGCAAACAGACCAGACGGCAACACACCCAUGGAGGAGAUUGUGAGAGCAAUGACACAUGUGAUCAACCAGGGGAUGUCCAUGUACUGGGGGACGUCACGGUGGUCUGCCAUGGAGAUCAUGGAGGCGUACUCCGUGGCCCGGCAGUUUAAUUUAAUACCACCAGUCUGUGAGCAGGCAGAGUAUCAUUUCUUCCAGAGGGAUAAAGUUGAAACUCAGCUACCAGAACUUUACCAUAAGAUAGGUGUGGGUGUGGUCUCAUGGUCCCCUCUCGCAUGUGGAAUCAUUACUGGCAAAUAUGAAAAUGGCAUUCCAGAAACCUCGAGAGCAUCAAUGAAGCCAUAUCAGUGGCUUAGGGACAAAAUACUGAGUGAAGAUGGAAGAAAGCAACAAGCGAAGCUCAAGGACUUGGCUCACAUUGCAGAAAAGCUUGGGUGUACAUUGCCACAGCUAGCCAUAGCCUGGUGCCUGAGGAAUGAAGGCGUGAGCUCAGUGUUGCUGGGAUCCUCUAAUCCAACUCAACUGACAGAGAACCUGGGAGCAAUUCAAGUUAUUGCAAAAAUGACAGCAGGCAUCGCCUCGGAGGUGGACCAUAUUCUAGGAAAUCAUCCUCACAGUAAAAAGGACUACCAACAUUAGAAAAACAUUUCAAAAGAAAUGUUUCAGAACAACCCCUAAAAGCAUAUCAGCGCUCACUCUCACAGCCAUGGCACCUUACAGAUGUGCCCAAUUUUGCUCAUGCGCACAUGAUUCUGUGUGUGCAUGUGUGUGUGUGUGUGUGUAUGUUUGUGUGAGCGU